GGCGCUCCCGUCUGCCCGGCCAGCGCUCCGCACAGAGGAACAGGAAGCCACCUGCCACCAUGAGCAGCACUCUGUCGCCCACAGACUUUGACAGCUUGGAGAUCCAGGGCCAGUACAGUGACAUCAAUAACCGCUGGGACCUGCCUGACUCAGAUUGGGACAAUGACAGCAGCUCAGCCCGCUUGUUUGAGAGGUCUCGCAUUAAGGCCUUGGCAGAUGAGCGAGAAGCCGUGCAAAAGAAAACCUUCACCAAAUGGGUGAACUCACACCUGGCCCGGGUGACAUGCCGGGUGGGAGACCUGUACAGUGACCUCCGGGAUGGACGCAACCUCCUGAGACUUCUUGAAGUGCUCUCGGGAGAGACACUGCCAAAGCCCACAAAGGGUCGCAUGCGGAUCCACUGCCUAGAGAACGUGGACAAGGCGCUGCAGUUCCUGAAAGAACAAAAAGUGCAUUUGGAAAAUAUGGGCUCCCACGACAUUGUGGACGGAAACCACCGCCUGACCCUUGGGCUGGUCUGGACCAUCAUCCUUCGGUUCCAGAUCCAAGACAUCAGUGUGGAGACAGAAGACAACAAGGAGAAAAAGUCAGCCAAGGACGCCCUGCUGCUGUGGUGCCAGAUGAAGACUGCGGGGUAUCCCAAUGUCAAUGUGCACAACUUCACCACCAGCUGGAGAGAUGGACUGGCCUUCAAUGCCAUUGUGCAUAAACACCGGCCAGACCUACUGGAUUUUGAGUCCCUAAAGAAGUGCAAUGCACACUACAACCUGCAAAAUGCUUUCAAUCUGGCUGAAAAGGAGCUGGGGCUCACCAAGCUGCUGGAUCCUGAAGAUGUGAAUGUGGAUCAACCGGACGAGAAGUCGAUCAUUACCUAUGUGGCUACUUACUACCACUACUUCUCCAAGAUGAAGGCCCUGGCUGUGGAAGGCAAAAGAAUUGGCAAGGUGCUAGACCACGCCAUGGAGGCAGAGCGCCUGGUGGAGAAGUAUGAGUCCCUGGCUUCAGAGCUGCUGCAAUGGAUCGAACAAAUGAUUGUGACCCUCAAUGACCGGCAGCUGGCCAAUUCCCUGAGCGGAGUACAGAACCAGCUGCAGUCCUUCAAUUCCUAUCGCACAGUGGAGAAACCGCCCAAGUUCACUGAGAAGGGGAACUUGGAAGUGCUACUCUUCACCAUCCAGAGCAAGCUACGGGCCAACAAUCAGAAAGUCUACACACCCCGCGAGGGCCGGCUCAUCUCCGACAUCAACAAGGCUUGGGAGCGGCUUGAGAAAGCCGAGCAUGAGCGUGAGCUGGCCCUGCGCACGGAGCUGAUCCGCCAGGAGAAGCUGGAGCAGCUGGCAGCCCGCUUCGACCGCAAGGCCGCCAUGCGGGAGACCUGGCUCAGCGAGAACCAGCGCCUGGUGUCCCAGGACAACUUUGGGCUGGAGUUGGCAGCGGUCGAAGCAGCAGUGCGAAAGCACGAAGCCAUUGAGACAGACAUCGUGGCCUACAGUGGCCGGGUACAGGCAGUGGAUGCCGUGGCAGCGGAGCUGGCUGCUGAGCACUACCAUGACAUUAAGCGCAUCGCAGCGCGGCAGCACAACGUGGCAAGGCUCUGGGACUUCUUACGCCAAAUGGUGGCUGCCCGGCGGGGGGGGCUACUCCUUAACCUGGAGCUGCAAAAGGUGCUUCAGGACCUGCUCUACCUCAUGGACUGGAUGGAGGAGAUGAAGAGCCAACUGCAGUCUCAGGACCUGGGCAAGCACUUGGCUGGAGUGGAGGACCUGCUGCAGCUGCAUGAGCUGGUAGAAGCAGACAUUGCCGUGCAGGCCGAGAGGGUGCGGGCUGUCAGUGCCUCUGCUCUGCGCUUCUGCGACCCAGGAAAAGAGUACAGGCCCUGUGAUCCGCAACUGGUUUCAGAGCGGGUGGCCACCCUGGAGCAGAGCUAUGAGGCCCUGUGCAAAUUGGCAGCGACUAGGAGAGCACGUCUGGAGGAGUCGCGGCGUCUCUGGCGUUUCCUCUGGGAAGUGGGAGAGACCGAGGCCUGGGUGCGGGAGCAGCAGCACCUCCUGGCCUCAGCCGAGACAGGCCGGGACUUGACUGGUGUUCUUCGCUUGCUCAACAAGCAUACAGCCCUGCGGGGUGAGAUGAGUGGCCGGCUGGGACCCCUGAAGCUCACCCUGGAGCAGGGCCAGCAAUUGGUUGCCGAGGGUCACCCUGGGGCAAGCCAGGCCACUGCCCGCGCGGCUGAGCUCCAAGCACAGUGGGAGCGGCUAGAGGCACUGGCUGAGGAGCGUGCCCAGCGGCUCGCCCAAGCCGCCAGCCUCUACCAGUUCCAAGCAGAUGCAAAUGACAUGGAAGCAUGGUUGGUGGAUGCACUGCGCCUGGUGUCCAGCCCUGAGCUGGGGCAUGAUGAGUUCUCUACACAAGCUCUGGCCAGGCAGCAUCGGGCUCUGGAGGAGGAGAUUCGGGGUCACCGGCCAACCCUAGAUGCCUUGAAGGAACAGGCUAUGGCCCUACCUCCUGCACUAAGCCACACACCCGAGGUACAAGGCAGGGUGCCCACCCUGGAGCAGCACUAUGAGGAGCUGCAGGCCCGGGCGGGCGAGCGGGCACGGGCCCUGGAGGCAGCUCUGGCACUCUACACCAUGCUCAGUGAGGCCGGGGCCUGCGGACUCUGGGUGGAGGAGAAGGAGCAGUGGCUCAACGGGCUGGCCCUGCCUGAGCGUCUUGAGGACCUGGAGGUUGUGCAGCAAAGGUUCGAGACCCUGGAGCCUGAAAUGAAUGCCUUGGCAGCACGAAUUACUGCAGUGAAUGACAUUGCUGAGCAGUUGUUGAAACCCAACCCCCCGGGCAAGGACCGCAUUGUCAACACCCAGAAGCAGCUCAAUCACAGGUGGCAGCAGUUUCGGUCCCUGGCAGAUGGCAAGAAGGCAGCUCUGACCUCAGCCCUGAGCAUCCAGAACUACCACCUAGAGUGCACAGAGACCCAGGCCUGGAUGAGAGAAAAGACGAAGGUCAUUGAGUCCACCCAGGGCCUGGGCAAUGAUCUGGCUGGUGUACUGGCCCUGCAGCGUAAGCUGGCCGGCACUGAGCGGGAUCUGGAGGCCAUCGCCGCCCGGGUAGGGGAACUGACUCGAGAAGCAAAUGCCCUGGCUGCUGGCCACCCAGCCCAAGCCCCUGCCAUCAACUCCCGGCUUGGAGAGGUGCAAGCUGGCUGGGAGGACCUUCGGGCCACCAUGCGGCGUCGAGAGGAAUCACUGGGUGAGGCACGGCGGCUGCAGGACUUCCUGCGUAGCUUGGAUGACUUCCAGGCUUGGCUGGGCCGCACUCAGACCGCUGUGGCCUCUGAAGAAGGGCCAGCCACUCUGCCAGAGGCAGAGGCCCUCCUGGCCCAACAUGCAGCCCUGCGGGGAGAGGUGGAGCGGGCCCAGAGCGAGUACAGCCGGCUGCGGGCCUUGGGCGAGGAGGUGACCCGGGACCAGGCUGAUCCCCAGUGCCUCUUCCUGCGGCAGCGGCUAGAAGCCCUGGGAACCGGCUGGGAGGAGCUGGGCCGGAUGUGGGAGAGCCGGCAAGGCCGCCUGGCCCAGGCCCAUGGCUUCCAGGGAUUCCUGCGGGAUGCUCGGCAGGCUGAGGGUGUGCUCAGCAGCCAGGAAUAUGUCCUAUCACAUACGGAGAUGCCAGGGACACUCCAGGCUGCUGAUGCUGCCAUAAAAAAACUGGAAGACUUCAUGAGCACCAUGGAUGCCAGUGGGGAGCGAAUCCGUGGGCUCUUGGAGGCUGGGCGCCAGCUGGUGUCUGAGGGCAAUAUCCAUGCCGAGAAGAUUCAAGAGAAGGCAGGCUCCAUUGAGAGGAGACACAAGAAGAAUCAAGAAGCAGUGCAGCAGCUGUUGGGCCGUCUCCGGGACAACCGAGGGCAGCAGCAUUUCUUACAAGAUUGUCAUGAGCUGAAACUCUGGAUUGACGAGAAGAUGCUGACUGCCCAGGAUGUAUCCUACGAUGAAGCCCGCAACCUACACACCAAGUGGCAAAAGCACCAGGCAUUCAUGGCCGAGCUGGCGGCCAACAAGGACUGGUUGGACAAGGUAGACAAGGAAGGGCGGGAGCUGACUCUUGAGAAGCCAGAGCUGAAAGCUCUGGUGUCAGACAAGCUGGGGGACCUGCAUAGGCGCUGGGAUGAGCUGGAGACCACCACCCAGGCCAAGGCCCGCAGCCUCUUUGAUGCCAACCGAGCCGAGCUGUUCGCCCAAAGCUGCUCAGCCCUGGAAAGCUGGCUGGAGAGCCUGCAGGCCCAGCUACACUCUGAUGACUAUGGCAAGGAUCUUACCAGUGUCAACAUUCUACUCAAGAAACAGCAGAUGCUAGAGCGGGAGAUGGCUGUGAGAGAAAAGGAGGUGGAGGCGAUCCAGGCCCAGGCAAAAGCUCUGGCCCAGGAGGACCAAGGUGCAGGGGAGGUGGAAAGGACCUCGAGAGCUGUGGAGGAGAAGUUCAGGGCACUGUGCCAGCCCAUGAAGGAACGCUGCCAGCAUCUACAAGCUUCUCGCGAACAACAUCAGUUCCACCGAGAUGUGGAGGAUGAAAUUCUGUGGGUGACAGAGCGUCUGCCCAUGGCCAGCUCCAUGGAACAUGGCAAGGACCUGCCCAGUGUCCAGCUCCUCAUGAAGAAAAACCAGACCCUGCAGAAGGAGAUACAGGGCCAUGAGCCCCGGAUUGCUGACCUGACAGAGAGGCAGCGUGCUCUGGGUGCAGCAGCAGCAGGCCCAGAGCUGGCUGAGCUACAAGAAAUGUGGAAACGCCUGGGCCAUGAGCUGGAACUUCGAGGGAAACGACUUGAGGAGGCCAUGCGGGCCCAGCAGUUCUACCGCGAUGCUGCCGAGGCAGAGGCCUGGAUGGGUGAGCAGGAAUUACACAUGAUGGGCCAGGAGAAAGCCAAGGAUGAGCUGAGUGCCCAGGCAGAGGUGAAGAAGCAUCAGGUAUUGGAGCAAGCCCUGGCUGACUAUGCCCAGACCAUCCACCAGCUAGCAGCCAGCAGCCAAGAGAUGAUUGACCACGACCACCCAGAGAGCACGCGGCUAUCAAUUCGCCAAGCCCAGGUGGACAAACUGUAUGCCAGCCUGAAGGAGCUGGCCGGAGAGCGUCGAGAACGCCUGCAGGAGCACCUCCGGCUAUGCCAGCUACGCCGUGAGCUGGAUGACCUGGAGCAAUGGAUCCAGGAGCGCGAGGUGGUGGCAGCCUCUCAUGAGCUGGGCCAGGACUAUGAGCAUGUGACAAUGCUCCGGGACAAAUUCCGAGAGUUCUCCCGAGACACAAGCACCAUCGGUCAGGAGCGUGUCGAUAGUGCCAAUGCACUUGCCAAUGGGCUCAUUGCUGGGGGCCAUGCCGCACGGGCUACCGUGGCCGAGUGGAAGGACAGUCUCAACGAGGCCUGGGCUGACCUGCUCGAGCUGCUGGACACACGGGGCCAGGUGCUGGCCGCUGCGUAUGAGCUGCAGCGCUUCCUUCAUGGGGCCCGCCAGGCCCUGGCACGGGUGCAACACAAGCAACAACAACUUCCAGAUGGAACCGGCCGUGACCUCAACGCUGCCGAGGCCCUGCAGCGCCGACAUUGUGCCUAUGAGCAUGACAUCCAGGCCCUCAGUGCCCAGGUCCAACAAGUGCAGGAUGAUGGCCACCGGCUCCAGAAGGCCUACGCUGGAGACAAGGCUGAGGAGAUUGGCCGUCACAUGCAGGCCGUAGCCGAAGCAUGGGCCCAGCUACAGGGAAGCUCUGCCGCCCGCCGCCAGCUACUUUUGGACACCACAGACAAGUUCCGCUUCUUCAAGGCUGUUCGGGAGCUGAUGCUGUGGAUGGAUGGUGUUAACCUGCAGAUGGAUGCCCAGGAGAGACCACGAGAUGUGUCCUCUGCGGAUCUAGUCAUCAAGAACCAACAAGGCAUCAAGGCAGAGAUAGAGGCCAGAGCAGACCGCUUCUCUUCCUGUAUUGACAUGGGGCAGGAGCUGCUAUCCAGGAGCCAUUAUGCAGCCGAAGAGAUCUCAGAGAAGCUAUCUCAGCUACAGGCCCGGCGCCAGGAGACAGCUGAUAAGUGGCAGGAGAAGAUGGACUGGCUCCAGCUUGUUUUGGAGGUGCUCAUGUUUGGGAGAGACGCGGGGAUGGCAGAGGCGUGGCUGUGUAGCCAAGAGCCAUUAGUGCGGAGUGCUGAGCUGGGUUGCACAGUUGAUGAAGUUGAGAGCCUCAUCAAGCGGCAUGAAGCCUUCCAGAAGUCAGCAGUGGCCUGGGAGGAGCGUUUCAGUGCACUGGAGAAGCUCACUGCGCUGGAGGAGCGGGAGAAGGAGCGGAAGAGAAAAAGGGAGGAAGAGGAACGGAGGAAACAGCCCCCUACUCCAGAACCCACAGCCAGUCUGCCUGAAGGGGACCAAUGGGGUGGCCAGACAGUUCCUGAUGCCACCUGGGAUGGCCAUUCCAGAACCCAGUCACGGCUGCCACCAUCCACACAAGCGCCCAGCGUUAAUGGCGUCUGCACAGAUGCAGAGUCCUCACAGCCCCUGAUGGAACAACAGAGACUUGAGCAGGGCAGCUUCCCAGAAGGGCCUGUGUCUAGUACAGGAGAUGAAUCCAAUAGGCAACGGGGAGAGAAGCAGGCCCGGACACAGGGCCCAGCAAUGCCCCAGAGCAGGUCCUCUGAGUCAGCCCACAUUGCCACUUUGCCCUCUCGAGGCCCAGAGGUCUCUGCCCAGGAACAGAUGGAGGGGAUGCUGUGUCGCAAACAGGAGAUGGAGGCCUUUGGCAAGAAGGCUGCCAACAGGUCUUGGCAGAACGUGUACUGUGUCCUGCGGCGUGGGAGCCUUGGCUUUUACAAGGACGCGAAGGCAGCCAGCACAGGAGUGCCAUACCACGGAGAAGUGCCUGUCAGCCUGGCCAGGGCCCAGGGCAGCGUUGCCUUUGAUUAUCGAAAGCGCAAACAUGUCUUCAAGUUGGGCUUACAGGAUGGAAAAGAAUAUUUAUUCCAGGCCAAGGACGAGGCAGAGAUGAGCUCAUGGCUGCGGGUGGUAAAUGCGGCCAUUGCUACUGCAUCCUCUGCUGCUGGAGAGCCAGAAGAGCCAGUGGUGCCCAGUGGCCCCCGGGGCAUGACCCGGGCUAUGACCAUGCCCCCAGUAUCACCAGUUGGGGCUGAGGGGCCUGUCGUGCUUCGUGGCAAGGAUGGCAGAGAACGAGAGCGAGAAAAACGCUUCAGCUUCUUCAAGAAGAACAAGUAGUCAGGGGCAAGAGUCCCAGGCCAGCUCCCUCCCUCUGUUAGGAAACUGCCAGGGACUGUUGACAGGGACCACCUUCUUGUCAGGACAAUUACCUGCUGCUAGGGUCUGUUGCCAAGGUCAACCCAUCACCAGGAACUGUCACCGGGGACAAGUUCAGUGUUUCCAAGGACAACCCUCUUCUGCUAUUUAACUCUAGACUUGUGGUGGGACCCAGGCAACCCCCAAUUCUACUGCCCCACUCCCUCUUCUUCCCUCUUCCCCAGCCUUAUGCCUCUCUAUACCCCACUAAUGCGGACACCACCGCACCCUCAACACAGGCCAUUUGGGGAAUGGCUACCCCCACCUCAGGGUCCUUCUCACCACAGCUGGGGCACACCAUCCAGUUCCUUGCCUCUGGGGACCAGCCAGGAAUCUCUCAGAGCUGAAGCAGGACCUGGGGGCAAGAGUGCAAGAUGACAGAGUCAGAGGUGCCUAAGCUCCCCCUUCCUACCUUCCCUCAUCCUCUGAUUCAAGUGGCCAAUCUAUCUCCAGCUGCUCUCAGUGACUUCCAGGUGUGAGUUAUUCAGGGUCAACCACAGCCUUGAAUCUGGCCAAGGAGAUGAUUAAACAGCUCAGCUUCUCUUUCUGCCUCUGGGUGUCCUUGCUUUCCUGACCACAGCCUCUCUGCCUAAGUCCAUGUUCUCUCCUUUGGCUCUGGUCUUCUACAUGCCAGGUUUCCACUCUGCCCCAGCCUCCAAGCCCUCAAAGAACCACAUUACUAAGGUUCUUAGUCUCCCCAUCUCUAUCCCACUUCCCUCAACACUGGCCAUUUGGGGAAUGGCUAGUAACCCCGUUUGCUGGUUGACCAGUGCCGAGCCUCUGUGGACCAAAGAAGUUCACUAAGGGUUGGGAUGAUGCAGGAUUCAUAAAAGGCAGUGAGGGAUCCUUCUCUGACACACAACUUCCUUUGUUCGUGACUCUCUCAACUGUUAUAAAAAAUGGAAGACUGCAGCGUGUGGCCACCUAGUCUCAGCCACAACUCAGGCUGACAGUAGAGUUGAGUACAUAAGGGGGUGAUAAUUGAUCCCACUUUGUCUCUUCCCUCAUAGAAUCAAGGAAGCUCAGGCAAGGAUCAGGAAACUGGCAGGUACCCAAUCCACUGACCCUUGGAAUGACAUCACCCAUCACCUUGAGAAGCCAUGAUGUACAUCCUAAGUAUAUAAACACACACAUGCACGCACGCACACAAGCACACACACACACGCAUGCAUGCACGCACACCUGGGAAUAUAUUCUAGAGCUAAUGAAGUAUUGAAAAAGGAGCAAGUGGCUUCUUCCUUGUCUCUAGCUUGGCAAAUUGGAGUUUUCAAGGCAAUGGUGCUGACUCCAGAUGUUGAUGGAGAUGACCAUUUCUUGGUGGCCUCCUACAGAAAAAGCUGUCCUUUUACUGUUUUCUAUACACAUACACAAACCAACUUUCCAGAAAAGCAGCUCUGUCAGCCUAAUCAGUUAAAGGUCUGGACUGAGCAGACCCCUGAGUAGCAUCAGUCAGAACAAAGUCAGGUGUGUGCAGGCCCAAGACUAGCACCACACAAUCCCAGAAUGGGCUCCAAAGAUGAGAUCUGGUGGACCAGAUAGCUCACGGGGUAAUUUUCUAAACUUUCUCUUAAGAUGGACAUAUUUGGUAUUCCACAGUAAACGUGGAUAAAUGAAACAGUCUGUCAUGGGACUAAAUGGAAAAAUAUAUCCAUACUACAAAGAUACUUCUUGUUCUUCGAGUGCACUAUAAAAUCUCCAGUAAAUGAGCCAUACAUUGUGGAGUGCUUAGGGAAUCUUCAGCAUUUGCACUCCAUGGUGGCAAGCCUGGAGGUUUAGUGAAAAAUCAAUAAUUGAACAUUUUAAAAGGAAAUUUAUAUGCAGGAAGGAAAUUAAUGGAGAGAUAAUUAUUUUAAUGUAAAAAUUUCAGUGUAAAUAGGGCAGCCCACUGAAGCAAUCCUGAAGAAUGCAAUCUUUGUGGAUGGAGAAUAAGACUAAAAAUUUGGUCUGAGUGUCAUCUAUUAAUACAUAUGCGUGGCAGCUGAAGCUACUUUGGGGCACGAUUUUUUAAGGACAGAUAUAGAAUAGGAUAAGUAGAGGGCCAGAAAGUAAGUCUUGGGAGAUAUCUUCAGAUGUGGGUAGAAGAAAAAAAAUUCCAAGAAAGAUGACAGGUGGAAUGGGGCAGAGAGGGGUGUGAAACAAGUUUAAAGCACGAAAGUACAAUAAAUACAGACAUUGCAAUUGUGGGGAAAUAUGGACAGAUAAAAUGGCUUAAUUACCUGCAGGAAAAUGUUUGCAUUCUUACUUGACUACCUGUAAGGGUGGGCCCUAGAUCUAUGCUGUCCAAUAUGGCAGCCACUGACCACAUGUGGCUACUGAGCACUUGAAAUGUGGCUAAAUCCAAAUUCAGAUGUUCUGUAAGUAUAAAAUACCAGAUUUCAAGGACUUAAAAGGAAAAGAAUUAAUAUCUUA